AUGGACUGGCGAUUUUGUCCGCUGCUUCUCCUAUUAUUCGACUUUGGUAUCCGGUGUCAGGAGGAGACGCCGCCGCAGAACGAAGUGCUCGGCGAGCCGACAGUCAGGUGAGCCAUCCGAAUGAGCAUUUGUGCGUGCGGAUUAGCCGCAAUCGUAUAUCUCGUCGCUUCUUCUUCUUCUCGAGAGCAUCGCUUCUCAUUCCUUUUUGGCGUACGUUUGGUGUCACAAAGCGCAGGAUUAAUGGCUUCGAAAGGGGUUUCCACAAGGCGAAGAGUAUCACAUUUGCAUAUUUGACCGCCUAAACGAAGCGGAAGGAGUGUGCGGGAGUGAGAGACGUAGACGGUGGCUAAGGGAAAUGAAAUGGGUUUCUGAACGGAAGUUUCGUCAAGAAAUAAGAAGCAGCGAGAAGCCACUGCGCAAGCAAAGGAAGACAAAGUCCAGGGAGUCUAAUGAGUACUGUAGUCUUACAAUCGCGCUGUUCCGCUCUCCACGUGAAUUGAAAAGAUCACGGUCUUUGCCGGGUUUUGGGCUGGGAUUGCGGUAGAGCGACAUUGUCAGAGUCUUAAGGUGCUAAUAUUCACAUUGAUUUCUCUCGUGCUGUUCCAAACCCUCUUCAAACCUUGCUCCAAUCUAAUGUGUAGUACAGCUGUAUCGGACCGCCCGGAAGCUCGCAACCCGGGUCGGAAGCCGUCAUUCAGUGGUCGAAAUCGAAUGCCAUUUCAUUUCGUUUCACUGCAAAACCAAACAACAACACGACGUGCUCCGGGACGGGCCUGCUCAAACAUUUACUCUGCGUCUCUCCGCCCCGCACACUGUUUCGUCGCAGCCCAUUUUCCGUAAAACCUCAUCAUCUUUCGAGUAUUUUAUAUUAAAAUCGCGCCGAUUUACAUAUUAGUUUGGUUGUUGGUUGGCCGCGAGGGAAACGAAAGGUAUCUCAACUGCAAAAAAGGGAAAGGAGUGAUUGAAUUGUGGACGAAAAAAGGAGCAAGUGACUCCCUUUUCAAACUCAAUUUUGGCUUUGAAAUGACGAGAAUGGAUGGAAAAAAAGGGAAGAAACGGAGGAAUAUGAAUUUGUUUUGCGAAGAAAAAAAAGAGUACAUAGUUUUGUUCAUUUUCAGUUGUGCAGCCGACGCAAUCUAUGUGAAAUUACGGACGAAGAGCACAUUUCUGGGGCAUGUGGACGUCAAGUACUCUCCAGAUAAAUCGUGCUUUCAGGUAAUGGAAACAAAAAAAGAUUUAUUGGACACAUGAGAUUUCAGAGUCUCGUCACGAACAACCAGAUUGAGAUCCUGAUUCCCCACGAGGAAUGCAUGGUCCCCCGGAGAAGAAGUCUGCAUCCGACGGGAGUCAUUCUCGAGGUCUCUCUCUCCGUCUCCUUCCAUCCCGAGUUCACGACCGCCGACGACCGCAUCUUCAACAUGCAGUGCUUCCAUCAGAAGAAGACGAACGGUUCCUCCACCUCCCUCUCGAUCGGAUCCCCUCAACCCCCUCCCGCAGACUCCAAGGGACCGUACUGUGCGUAUGCAGUUCUCAACAGUCCCGCCGGUUCUCCGGUCGGUCGCCUGGCUCUCGGACAGGCGGUAUAUCAUUCGUGGCAGUGUCAGAAUGUAUACGUGAGUUCCAUUCGGUCUUUUUCGUUGUUAUCUUCAAUUAGAACGUCUAGGAGUCCUGCAUAAUGAUAGAGAAUUGUGAACUGAUUGGCGGGGAGGAAAAGCAUGAAGUGAUCGAUUCGGCCGGAUGCUCCAAGUACGAAUCGAUAAUGCCCCAACUGGAGUACCACAAUCGGACGAACGUGGGCGCCGCGGUCAAAGUGUUCGGCGUGUCGCACACUCCGAUCGUUUACUUCGCGUGCCAAGUUCGUCUGCACCCGCAGUUACCGUCCGGGGAGUGCCCGAAACCAAAGUGUGGAGUGGCGAGGCGGAAGCGGUAAGCAAUUCCGAACAGAAUGAUCUUAACAAAGUUUACCUUUCAGAGAGGACUCCUCCCAGUUCCCUUCUAUCGAUGUUCGCAGUCAGAACUUGGAGAUCUCCCAGUUGAUCAACGCGACAAUGUCGCCAGAAGUUCCAACAGAGCCGACCGUCAACACGUGUCCAGAUAUCCACGUGGAAACGGCGCCUUCGGAAGAGGCUUCCGAGUCCAAAUCACUGGAAGAGGAGAGGAUAUGCGCGGACUUCCGAUCCGUUCUCAUCGUCAGCGUGCUCCUCACCGUCGUGAGUCCCUUUCCCUCCUGCUUUUCCCUCAUUCUCUGUGUUCCAGGCACUCAUUCUUAUCACGACAAUCAUCGUUAUUCUCAUCGUUCGACGUCAAAAAUACGAAAUCGCGAGCAUGUCCUGA